AUGUAUUUGUCAUCUAUUAGUUCUCGUUUAUUAAUGCACGAUAUAAAUAGCUGGGAUCUGAUUAAAUCCUUCGGUAAUUCUGAUGCUCUUUUGCGAGAUGUUUCGUGGAGCGAUGACAGUAAAUAUAUGUUACAGGUCAAUUCAAAAGGCUCUGUCGAAGUUUUGAGUCCAGUAGAUAAUGACAUCAGAAGUGUACAACAUAUACCCAUAAAGGAAUCAUGGUCUGCUAGUUUUCAUCGGGAAGGCCACAGGCUUGUAGCCGUUGGUACUAAGAAUGGCGGCGUCGUAACAUGGGAUACGAAGAAUAAAAGUGUAACCAAAAGUUUUCCUUUGCCCGCACAAACAGUUCCUGUAAAUUUUAUUAGUUACAAUUCAAAAAAUACUAGUAUAGCAGCUACAUUGCAAAAUGGAGACACAAUUGUAUACAGUCUUGUAUCUAAUGUUCCAGUUUUAAAUGUAAAAUUAAAUUGUUCCAAAAAUAUAUCUGCAAUGAAGUUCCAUCAUGAAUCUCAAUCAGUACUCGGGCUUGCUACAGAUGAAGGUCAUGUCGUAAUAAGAGAUGUUAUCGUGAAUAAAGAUAGAGGGUACUAUGAGAAUGUACAUGCAUCACCUGUUAGUGAUUUCUCAUUUUCACCUAUUAACAAGGAUGUGAUGCUUACCUGCGGCUAUGACAAAAUAAUACAUAUCUACGAUAUACGAUUGCAAAUUGUUGUGUCAACUAUAAAAACGUCAUUUGCACUGACUUCUCUUACUAUGAAUGGAGACAAUAAAGUUGCUCUUGGCACCAAGAGUGGACAUGUGUUAGUGUACGACAUGAGAGAUUAUACAUGUCCAUACAAGGUGUUAAAUGAACAUGACGAAGAGGUGACAAGGGUGGUGUAUCAACCAUCACGAAGAAAAACUAAUGUAAUAGAUCAAAGUCUGAAUGAAGUGUUCGAGUGUUCUAUGAAGAUACAUUCUCCAGUAAGAAACAGAUCGUCAGAUAUGUUCUAUGCUGACAACUCAUUGUUGAAAAAACAUUUGGAUCCUGUUACAGACAACAAAGCAGAUUCUUUUCUAGUAAAUUUAGGCCUUGAUCAGUCAAAUACUGAUGUUGAUGUGUCCGCAGAUUUUUUGAGGAAUGGGGAUAAGAGUGAAUUGAGAUACCCGCAGCUGAAUACUGAAAAAAAUAUCACCAAAACAUCAACUCCACUAGUGAACCGAAAUGUUGAUUUCGCAUUUACAUCUCCAUGUGUGAUACCAAAUGGUGAACCACUUGAGGUGCCUGCAUCACAAAAUCAAGAUAAUAUUAUACCAGUCCCGAUGGUUGAUAACAAAGCCAUUGACGAAUUAAAAGAUUUUAUUAGUCAAAAAAUAUUUGAUGUUGCCUAUGAUAAUAAAAAUUAUUUCUUACAUGUCAACAUGGCUCUAACUAAGCAGAAACUUUAUCUAGAAAAGCAGUUCUCCAACAUAAGUGCAAAAUUGGAAAGCAUAGUUCAAACUCAAAAUGCUUUAUUUGAAGCAAAUAGGAACUUGGUUCUACAGAUAGAGAAAUUAAAGUCUAAUAAUAAUUAAUUACAUCUUGUUUGUAAGUAAUUACAUAAGUUUCUUGUUGAUCCUUUAGGAAUUCUGUAAAUUACAAGUACCUGCAUGCACUUGUGGCCCCACUGAUUUUGUUGUUGCGGUAAUUUGAUGUUAGAAUCGUUUUCUCUACAAACUGUUAUGCAUUUAUUUAAACAAAACCCAUUUAUUCCUUAUACUUAAUAAUUUUUAAGUACCAAAAUUUACCAGCGGGAGGCUCCUUAAUGGCGCCUUUUUCAGCUGUGAAGCAGUCAUAUGUAAAGAUUGUUGUGUUUUGGUCGGAAAGGCGCGUAGCUAGUGAAAUUACUGAACAAAUGAGACUUAACAUCUUAUGUCUCAAGGUGACGAGCGCAAUUGUAAUGUCUUUAAGAAUUUUUCGGUUUCUGAAGAAUCCUGAGCGGCUCUGCUUUGUUAUGGGCAGGGCGUAUCAAUUACCAUCAGCUGAACGUCUUGCUCGUCUCGUCCCUAACUGUCAUAAAAAAGUUACAUCUUAUAAUCUGAGCUAUCUGCUAGUUGACGUCAAAAUAAUAAAUUUGAAACUUGUAUAAAUUAACAAUAA